AGCGCCGGAAUAUAUUGUGUAAACUCAAUUUUAUUACUUUGUUUUUCUAAAGUACCCUCGAACUGCUAUAAAAGCCCCACCCAUCUUUUUCGAUUCAUCAGAACUUAUUCCAAAGCGUGAACAAAAACCAAAAAAUCAAGAUGAAAUUCCUCAUUGUAUUUUUCGCCAUCAUCGCUGUUGUAAUGGCUGCCGGGUACGGUCAGGGCGGACAUGGCCAGCAAGGAUUCGGCCAGGGCGGACAUGGCCAGCAAGGAUUCGGCCAGGGCGGACAUGGACAGCAAGGAUUCGGCCAGGGCGGACAUGGCCAGCAAGGAUUCGGCCAGGGCGGACAUGGCCAGGGAGGACAUGGUGGUCAUGGUGGACGCUACUAAACACUAACCUACACGAUACAACUUAACCAAAAAUAAAAAUUACUGAAAAUAUUUA